AUGGGCGAAGGAGACGAGAUUACUGUUUCUCCACCAUUGGGUGGCAGUGGCGCUACAACAACAACCACCACCACUAGCAGUAAUAACUCUGAAUCCAUCCAAGUUCCAGAAGGACCAACGGAUAGCCAUGUUCUCUCUCAAAUUGAACCGGAGAGAAAAGGUCUGUCUCAGCAAAAUGACGACACGGCGGAGACCACCGAUGUAGGAUGGAGCAUAUCUCCCGACGAAUUCGAAGAACAGUUGAUUUCUGGCUUAUCGAAUGAGGAUCUAUGGAUGCUUUUGAGGCGUUUCGACAAGCAAGUCUACAAUGUCAAAGCGGUGCCAGAAGCCCCAAUGCAAAGGCUUGACCUCACUCGGGCAGUUGAAGAUGAGUUCUCACCUGACAAAUUACGUGCUACGCUGGAAAGAUUUUACACGACUGUGGUUGUCAGUUUGACAAGCUUUGUUAAACAUAUUGCUCGGCUACGGUCGUGGAAGGAGUCGCGUCGCACGGCAAUAUUUUGUGUGGUUUAUUUUCUCGCUUGGAUCUUGGAUCUGCUGAUUCCAGCAUUCUUCGCGGUCUUGAUCGGUUUGGUUAUAUAUCCUCCACUUCGCCCAAUGAUGUUCCCUCCAGCACCCAUUGCCCUUAUCGACAAAGACACUGGAGGAAUUCAAAAGCCCCAAGCUGGUGUUCUGGGGUCCCAUGAUAGUGUUACUGGGGCCCCCGAGAACUUCAAGGGCGAAGCAGCCGAGCGAGAAGCCAGCAAUCUAGUAGCGAGCGUGGCUAGCGUUGCUGUGGGUAGCGCCGUUGGAAAGCACGAUCAAGGGGUUCCAACAGAGGCACCACUAGAGGAGACCGUUCCAGAUCCGAUGGACAUUGUGUCUGAUACUGCAGAUGCUCAGAGCAAAGCCCAUGGCCUGACACCAUCAGAUUCCCAUGAUAAAACGCGGCAACCUAUGAAACAAAACGUGCUAGAUAUUGCGAAUCUGUCAAUGCAGGUUAUCAGCGAUGUCACUGACACAUAUGAAAAACUCGGGAAUGCUCUGUCUGCUACUCCACCAUUUCCGCGCAUGAAACCGCGUAUACGCCUGUUAGCUUUGCUGACCCCAGCAUUUCUUCUUUCCACCUGGAUAUCUAGCUAUAUCUUGAUUAAAGCAAUAGGAUUUUCAGUUGGCUUGGCUUUUUUUGGAGAUCCUAUCAUUAUGCGCGGGAUUGCGGUUUUGAAUCGUGAUUUCCCUCAUUGGCAGGACAUCUUCAAACUCCAGAAUUCCCUGCUCAAGGGAAUCCCAACCAAUGCUCAACUGACCUUGACACUACUGCGUAUUGGCGAGGCGAACGCCUCUCCUCUGCCACCUCCACCAUUAUCCAAUGGCAAACCUCCCUCGCGCCCUGCUUCGUUACGCCAUGAGGACCUUACCGUUGGUGCGACUCGCGAGGAAAUUCAACAAGCUGCUUCUGUCGAAACCAAGAAUUCCAGCCCCCAAAAUCCUCCAAGAGCCCAGAAAAAGACACUGACAGCCGGGAUUCUCAGCCUAUUUCGUGGAGGCACCGCAACAGGAGUUGAAAGCAAACGUGCUAUUGAUCGUAUGUGGGCAACAGCUGGCUCUCGCCAUGCUAAAAAUAGAGUCGGUGUGUUACGCCGCAAAGGGAAAACCAGAACACCAGUUGGACCUGUCGAGUUCGAUGCCAGAUAUCAUGGUAAGCGCGGCGUUGCCGUGAUCGACUCGUCUCAGGAGCCUCCCAUACUAUACUUCACCACAGAUAUUCCGCAAAGCAACGAUCUUCAUGUGGACAAUCGAAAGAAGAAUUCUGUUCUCUUCACCAUUCCAGUUACAGAUAUUCGGGAACUGAAAAAGCUGGGUGGUAUGGGGUGGAAAGGAAAGCUGGUUGUUGGGUGGGCUAUUGGUGGAAAAGAAGUUGUUGACGGCUUGCUUGUUGUCGGCAAAGAACCUCACCAAUCCUUUCAAUUAACGGCCAUGGCUAUGAGGAACCAGUUAUUCAAUAGGCUGGUUUCUAUCGAUGGACAGGUUUGGGAGCGCUGCUGA